CGAAAAUAUUUUUGUACAUACCAUUUUUUUAAGUUUAUAUUAUUUAAUCAAAAAUGGCUAUGAAAGUGUGGUCAAGAUUUUCAGCAAUUGCCAAGGAUGGCACUAAAUAUAAAUUUCGUAUACAAGACAUGCCUGAACGUCUCAAAGAGAUAGUUGGUGGUCUUUACCUUGAAUAUUUUGUGAAACAAGAGGCUACUUUCAAAGCAGCUGGUGUGCCAAACAGCAAAGAAUCUUUAGCAGAAGUUAUUGAAUUUAUGUCAGUAGUGACAGAAGACGAUAGUUUCCAUAUAACAGUAUGUUGUUUAGACAACGAUGAUGAUGAUGAACAUACGGAAGUAGUUGGGGCUUCCAUGAUGGCUUUAAUAAAGAAAGGAGAGCCGGAACCAGAGUUAAGCUUCCAAUCGCCGCAAUUGAAGAAAUUGAUAGAAGUAUUCAACGGCCUCAAUGAUUAUUUCGACGAAGCAAAAGAAUUCGGCCUAGAUCGAUAUUACGCCGACAGAGGAUUAUUUGUAUGUUCCAAAUAUAGGGGUCUCGGUAUUGCACAGGAGUUCCUCAAAACCAGGCGACUGAUAUGCAAAGAACAUGGGAUACCCGUCAACGGAGCUUGGAUGACGUCAUACGGUACUCAGAAGGCUGCAGAGCGCGAUGGUUGGGAGACAGUUUGUGAGUUCCAGUAUGAAGAAUUCGGAAAGAAAUAUGGUGUUACCUUUGACAAAGAUCCUCCUUCAUCUAAGUUUAUGAUUGCUAGAAUAAAUUGAUUUUUUUUCUUUA